AUUCAUAACCAUAUCCUUCCAUUUCCAUAGUCGUACUUACUAAUUUUCACAUGGCUUCUUCAACUUCAAUGAUUCUGUUUGUACCAUUUCUGCUUGCUAGCUUUGUUAUGGUUGCCUCUGCGGGUAACUUCAACCAAGACUUUAAGAUUACAUGGGGGGACGGUCGAGCAAAGAUAUUCAACGACGGCCAACUUCUUACUCUCUCCCUCGACAAAGCCUCUGGCUCUGGUUUUGAAUCCACAAAUGAAUAUCUCUUUGGCAAGAUUGACAUGCAGCUCAAGCUUGUCCCCGGAAACUCUGCUGGCACCGUCACUGCCUACUAUUUAAAAUCAGAAGGGUCUACAUGGGACGAGAUAGACUUUGAGUUCUUGGGAAACCUGAGUGGCAACCCUUACAUUCUUCACACCAAUGUGUUCAGCCAAGGCAAAGGUAACAGAGAGCAGCAGUUCUAUCUCUGGUUCGACCCAACUGUUGAUUUCCACACCUAUUCCAUUCUCUGGAAUCCACAGCGCAUUUGUUUCUCUGUUGAUGGAACCCCCAUUAGAGAGUUCAAGAACCAAGAAUCAAAUGGUGUUCCAUUCCCAAACAGCCAAGCAAUGAGAAUACACUCGAGCCUUUGGAAUGCCGACGAUUGGGCGACAAUGAGUGGACGUGUGAAGACGGAGUGGAAUGCAGCUCCUUUCACUGCCUCUUACAGGAAUUUCAAUGCUGAAGCUUGCAUUUGGGCGUCUGGAUCAUCUUCUUGCGGCUCAAGCAAUGCCCCUUCUUCCACUAAUGGCGAUUGGCUUUCGCAAGAAUUGGACAGUACAAGUCAAAAGAAGAUGAGUUGGGUGCAGAAAAACUACAUGAUCUACAAUUACUGCACAGAUGUCAACAGAUUCCCUCAGGGUCUCCCAGUUGAAUGCAGCGCUUCAUAG